GCUAAUUUGAUGGGUUGAUUGAUACGUCCUGUCGUUCGAUUAUCGAAUAAUGUGAGAAACUGUGUUAUUUAUUGUAAAAUAACAAUCGAAAUUGUAAAUAUAUAUAUGCGAAACCAUGUCUGAUAUUAAUAUGGAGAAGUUUGCGGUACCAGAAUUCGUACCCGAACGGUACGUAAAGGAGCUAGCUAAGUCAUGUGUCGGAGGGGAGGAGCUAGCCCAACAGAAGGAGAAAAUCCAAAGUUUAGCAGAAGAAACCGCUAGUGCCCUCAAAAAAAAUGUGUACGAAAACUACAUGCAGUUCAUCGAAACUGCUACCGAAAUAUCCCACUUAGAAACAGAAAUGUACAAGUUGUCGCAUUUGUUAAGUGAUCAACGAAUGGUUCUUACGACUUUAUCUCAGGCUUCAGUAUUAGGCAACGAAAAUACACUAUCACGCGAGUCACUCGAUAAUCACGACUUAGAAGCCGAAAGAGUGGAGGAGGAGCGCAAGAAUAAACUCAAUUCUAUCUCAGAAAAAGUUGAAAACUGUAUGAACUUGCUGGAUGUUCCAGAGAGGCACCUAUUACACGAAGGCGACUUGCUGGAGAUCGACGCGGAGGAGAACACAGCUUUACAAAGAAUGCAUGUAUAUUUGUUCAAUGACUGCCUUAUGUUGACCUCUUGGAUAUCGAAUCGUCGGGGGCCAAUGAGAUACAAAUUUCAGACUAGUUACCCCAUAAGUACCUUAGCAGUAGUGAAUGUGCGUGACUUAGGUACGGUGAAGCAGGCAUUUAAAGUUCUAGCUUUCCCAGACACUAGAGUGUUUCAAUGCAAUAGUUUAACAAUAAAAAAAGACUGGCUUGAUAAGUUUGAUGUAGCAAAAAAGAUGCACAUUGAGAAAGAAAAUUUAAAGCAAAAGAAAAAGGAUUCUCAGGACAAAAUAAAACAUGAAUCAUUGGAGUCCCCUAGUCUAUCAGUUGAGGAGGUACCAUCUCCACAAAUCGCUCCACUGCCUGACUGGCUUGCUGAUGUCACAGAAGAGUUAGAUGUCUUUAUUGUGGAAAGGCAUUUCCAAAAGACAUAUGAUUUAAUGGUAUCAGCUCAGAGAGCACUAAGUACAGAAGAAUUUAAAACCCACCCCCAAAGGACUGAAAUAUUAAAAAAGAUUGAACAGAAGCAAAAGGUUUUAACUGAGAUAUUACUCAAAGAACUCGAUGUCACUCACAACUGGAGUCCGCGCGGCGGUUUGAGGUCAUCACGACCCCCGGUACUCAUUCUUAAUAAGUUUAAUAUGACUAGUCAGGCAUGUGAACUGUUUCUUGAUAUCUGUAGUCACACAGUCAAAGCACAUGUUAAAGCGGUGCAGCUAGAGGGUUCCAUCCACAGUUAUGUGAAGCAGGUUGGAGAAGUGUUUUUCUGCUCACUUAGCGAUGCCUUAACAGAGUUCAUUUCAUUAUUUCCUAAGAAUAAAUUAAGCGCUUUCAUAGUGUGGGCUAGUAUGCAACUUAGAGUUCUGAUGAGUCAAAUUAUAAAGCAAGUAUUUACACCACAGUGUGCGUUAGAUUCUGUUUUAGAGUGUGUUCAGAGUUUACGAGAGCAAUGUACACUUUUCUGUGAGUUUGGAUUAGAUCUAAGAUUUCAAAUGAACAGCUGUUUAAGAACGCCGAUAAUAAAAGCUUUAAGAGAGUAUAAGGAGAAGAUUGUUGAUUCCAUGAAAAAUAAAGUGUCUGAGGACAAGUGGACACCGGUCAACAUGCACACCAAAGUGGGGGUUAAUAAAUUCUUAUCACAAAUGGAAAAUUUGGGCCUUAUCUUAGUUAGGUAUGUAAUAAAUGAAACGUGGGUGGAUUUAUCGAGUAGCACUAUAUGGUUUGCACAGUCAAUUAUUACUGUACAGAAUGUUGGCCUUGAAAUUGUUACUAAGGACAUGAUGGAUGUUGUGGAUGAGUGUAUAUAUGCAAUAUUCAAUUCACGGCUCAAAUUCUCAGUGGGAAAUGAUUCUUCGUAUGCACAGAAAAAUUUUAAGUUCAUUUUGGAAACAGUAAUGCCCCAUAUGAUAAAGACAUACAAGGAAAAAGUUGGUUACGACAAUGUGAAAUUAUUAGAUUUAGCAGUGAAAUACGGUGUUCACAUUGCACCACCAAAGAAGUCAAACAUCACAUACUCUAGUAAUGAAUACUUAUGAGAAUAGUCAAGCUCUGACCUCAAUUAGUGUUGAGUAUGAAAGAUUAU